AUGGGCGGCAAAACAUGGUCCAGACAAGAGGAGCGCUUCUUCUGGAGAACCAUCGUGCCACAGUCACCAAAGGCUGUGAAACCGUCCGAUCGAGUUCACGACUGGAAGGUCUGCGCCGAGAUCAUGCAACAGGAAAUGGGAGUGAAUGCUCGCCGCAAGUAUUCGAAGCUGAUGCUCUUCGAACACUAUUUCCAGAAUGUCCAAACUGGACACAAGUCUCCUUGCGCUCGCGAGUUCGUGGUGGAGCAUAAGCGCGCUCUCGGUGAGUUUCGCAAAAGGACAAGUGGUGGCCUUUGA